AUGAAAGGUAAGGAAGGACUGCAGCUUUCCCGAGUGGAAGAGGUUCAAUUCAAUAGUUCCGACUCUGACUUUGAAGCCCGGCCGGGUGAAGAAGCCUCAGCCCGAGCUUUGACUAUGACUACGAGCAGUUGGGAUCACAUUCGAGGAAGAAAGUCAGAAUGUAAGAAAUAUGGGAAGGUUCUAAACCCGCUAGAGGAAGCGCGCUAUCUAAUCACUGGUACAGGUUCUAGAGUUUUCCCAGGUGAAAGAGUGACCCUGCCUGGUGCUAUUUUAAGUAAUCCUCUCGUUCUAGAGCUAAAGUAA